AUGCCUUCGUUCCUUAAGGACCACCUGAGUCUCCGUCGCCGAUCAAAGGCUUCUGGAGUAGCGGCAGCUACACCUGAAGCGAGCACCGAAGCGUCCAACUCGUCGGGAAACUCGAGCAACGAUGGCGAUGCGAACGAGCAGCCGGCGAAUAAGUCGACGUCCACCCUGAGCUCGUGGUUCGAUAGAGGCUCGCCGCCGACCACCCUGUCCUCAACCAAAUCCAAAAGCGCUUCGAACCUGGUAGGGUUGAACGGCAAUGGUACAAAGACACCGCCAAGUGUCGCGGGCAGCACACGUACAUCAAGACCGCGAAUGGCGAGCUCGCACAGCAGCCGUUACAGCUUAAUUGGAAUGCCGCAGCAAGAUGGGGAACCAGCACCUCGACAGACACCUGCAACAUCACCCUUCGCACCUCGAGUCCUAUCUGUUUCGGACGGCUCCUGGGUCCACCAAAAGGUCCUACUCAUCUACGGCGAGUGCGCAGAUACGGCGCGACCUCUCGACGGUACAAUAAGCGUCAACCACCACCAGGAUGGCUUCCCACCAACGCAGUGGCCAGUCUCCGACUCCUACUUCAAAGCUCUUGUCCAUCUCCAACCCGGCCCCAACCGAUUACGGCUCGACUUCACAUCGCCCAAGCUUUCCACGCCCAAUGGCCAACUACAAACCCACUCUUCGUGGAUCAGCGUCAACUUUUUACCUCUGAUAUCCUCCCCACCACUCCACCUUUGUAUCUUAGUUGCCAAAGACUCUCCCGAGACAUACGACGCAGUACCGGAAAGAAUAAAGAAGGAGGGCAACAACCUCGCCACCGCUAUAAGAAAGUUUCGAGUGGCGGCGUACUUGUGGCAGGCAUUUACUGCAGAACAGAUGAAUCGCAAUGGGUUUGGAAGGCGCUGUUAUCGAUACGAGGAGGAGUGGCAGCCGGGUUCGUUGUCAUGGCGGGAUAUGGAGAUCGGCACGAUGAGGAACGAGGCAAAGAUACAUGUGAUACGGCUGAAGGAGACGGUGAAGGAGAUACAGGAUCUGGACGUUGCACAGCAGAACAAGGCUGCGACGCACAAGGGCAGGCUGUUCAAGAUUGCCAGUGAGGCGGUGAAGAACUACUUUUCGCCGAGGCCGGGCCAGAAGGAGUAUGUCUCUUGCAUGUUUUUGGAUACACAUUGGGACAAGAGUGCAGGCACAGUAAGAGGACAUGCUGCACUUGGCGGAGGUGACGACAACCUCAAGCUCGCCAUAUUUGGCUCGCACUGCUUGCAAUCUUACCCAGCGCACAUCGAAGAAGUGGUACCCGCCUUUACCGACUGUACGCGAACAGACACGGACCACGUAGCGAACGAUUGCAACGAUGCUGGGAGCAACUGGGAAGCAGCGAACAUCGGCAUCGGAGCACAUCUACACGAGACCGGCCAUCUGCUUGGCUGUCCACACCAGGAGAACGGGAUUAUGUUACGAGGCUAUGUGAAAUUGAACCGGACCUUCACCACUCGCGAGCCUUACUCGACGCGAACGAAGCAGCAGGGUCAGCGAUUAUGCAAGCCCGAUGACGAAACCCACUGGCAUAGACUCGAUGUUCUACGCUUCCGUUUUCACCCAUGCUUCGGACUACCAACAGACGCCGCAAUACACCCUGACCCUAGCAUACAAGUGUGGUCUGUAGACAAUGGCGCAGUGAUGGUGACUGCGGCCACCGGCGUUGCAUGGAUAGAACUGUUUCCUGAAGGCGACGACGUCUGCCAUCACUGGAUCGAAUACCUCGACAAGUCCGGCUCGCCGGCCGGAGCACCGCGACAGAUUUCAGUCACCGAGCAGUCGCUGCGAGACCACCUCCCAGAGAAGAAGCGGAAGAAGAAGUUAAAGCUCAAGGUCUUCUCCUGCGGCGGCUCCGAGCACACAGUGCCCGACUUUUCAGAACUCACCAACAAAGAAGGCAAGGUCAAGCUUCCCGAUGGUCGGCCAGGCUUCAAGAGCUCCAAGCUCGGCUUCUCGCAGAUGAACGGCUCGCAGCCACAAGAGCUGAUGCUCGGUACUUGUGCGAAGCAGCCGAAGUUCCUACGAUCCUUACGCAUAUUCCACGGAAGAGGUAUUGAUGGGAUUGAGUUCUUCUACGAAGAUGGGUUCAGCGAGCUUUUUGGCAAGAGGGGGGGCAAGCCCAGUCUAUUCGAGCUCGACACGAAGAAAGCGGAGACGGUACUGGGCUUCCACCUCCGCGCUGGACAGUGGAUCGAUGGGAUACAGGUAUUGACGAGCACUGGUCGGAGGAGUGAGAUCUUUGGAAAUGCGACGGGCGGGAGCGGACAUACUUUGAUACCCCCACGAGGCUACGGCAUUGCAGGCGUUUACGGCAGCUGUGGGGCUUGGAUCGAUGGGUUCGGGCUUAUCAUUGCGCGAUGA